UUCGAAGAUAUCCCCAUAGGAUCAACAACCAAACCACUUGCCCUCUUCACUAGACAUUCAAAGUUCGUCAAUCUUGUUCUUCUGACCAUCUCGCAAUGUCAGCUGUAGCAGCGAGAAAAGCGGCUCUGGCAGCCAAACUAGCCGCAGAGAGCGCCAACCCUUCACCCGUAUCCACCCCGGUCGCGACACCCACACCGGUCGCUAUACCAGAGCCGAUCGUCCAGGAUAUAGUCAUCGAAUCUCCUCAGGCUUCAUCUUCCAGAGCGACUACUCCCAACAAGAAGGGUGGCAAGAAGAGUACGCCUCGUCGGGCCGGUCGGGAAGCGGGAAAGAGAGAGGUUGAGAAACAGGUUGAACAGCGGUACUACCAGGAAUCGACAGCCGAGAAGCGAAAGAAGGGAGACAAGAGGAUCAACCGGGUAUAUGAAGAACAUGCGGAUGAGAGCAGUUCGCCGGUAGCCGUUGCUUCGAUUGAGCAGGACGACGGCUCGAGGUCGCAGAGCGAGGAUGACGAGGAGAUGGAUUUCUCCGCCUUGGAGUUGCUACAAACGAUUACCAAUGGCAGGCCCAAGAAGAAACGACGGAUAUCCAGCGAUGAGCCGAAAACGCACUCAAAUUUCGAGAUACAGCAAGGCCGCAAUAUCUGUCGGAUAUCAGCUGACAAGCUGUCCGGCUUCGGUUCGGUGGCACAGUAUGGCAACGCAGUGUGCAUAAGUAUGUGCCAGGACGAGUUCAUAACCUUUUCUGGUAUGGCCUUGAUAACACCUCUGCGAGAUUCGCUCUCGCUCUAUUCCUCUAUCAUUCAUCCCGCUGUAGGGUCCCGAGACAUCAAACCUCUCAGGUUGUUCGCCCCUUUGACGAGCCCCUUGCCUGUCAUCCGGCCGCAGAUCAGCGGACGAAUACGUGCUUCUUGCCCUCUUCUCGCCGCGUUAGACCUACCCAAGGAGAUGCUCGGUGCCGGGAGGACCGUCUUCUUGAUGCAAGAGUUGAAUUGUGGGUUAGAGAGACUUGGUCAAGCUGUCAUGACUUUGGGAAAAGUCUGGCCCGAAGUCGGAUCUCGAGGCGCUUUCGGCUUGAGAGGGGCAUUCCCGCUACUGCACACUCCCGAACACGCCGUUUACCCACACGUCACCCCUGAGUCGUGGUUCUUGGCCUUGCAAACCCUCUCUGGGGAAGAUGCCGAGAGCCCAGACGAAACAGACGGCGACCGCUGUGACGCGGACGACGAGGCGUUCGACAGGUCCGCACCGUUGGUAGCCAUCGUGAAAGGACCGAAACGUAGCGGAAAGAGUACUUUUGCUAGGGAAGCUCUGAACCGGCUCUUGAACCGUUAUGAAAGCGUCGCCUAUCUCGAUUGCGAUUUGGGUCAGAGCGAGUUUGGGCCUGGUGGAACGGUCGGGCUUUAUAUCGUCGAUAGGCCUCUCCUAGGCCCAUCCUAUACGCACCCCCUGCAACCUGUCCGAUCGCAUUUCGUAGGAUCGCUGAAUCCCAGGCUCGAAUCGGCUCAUUAUAUCGAGAGUAUCGCGUCGCUACUCGAACAUUAUCGAUACGAACUGCAAUACCCGCUCGACCGAGUACACGACGUUAAUGCCGACAGGAUCACCGAGGUUGUGCCCCUCGUCAUCAACACGCAAGGAUGGGUCAAAGGCCUUGGAGCGGACCUGCUUGACCAGAUCGAGGCGAUGGUCCAGGCGACGCACACCCUGGCCUUCGACGCGAAUGGCUUUGACAACGGUGAAGGCGACGAGUCGCGGCCGUUCACCGGAGAGGAUUAUGAAGUUGGAUCUGAGCGCACGCUUGGAGGUGGUUUCGGCCGGAUCGUCCAGCUCGAAGCUGCGCCGACAUCGGGCUUGUUUUCACGGUUCUCACCGGCUGAUACGAGAACGCUGUCAACCAUCGCCUACCUGCACGCUCGGUUUACGGCCCAAGAUGAGGUCGUCUGGGACUUUUCCGAGGCAUUGGUCGGUAUGCUACCAUGGGAAGUCGACGUGGAUCAAGUCAUCAAGGAGGUAUACCUAUCCGGCGAGGGUUCCGAUGGCGUCGUUGCGGACGAUCUCGGCACAGCCUUGAACGGGAGCAUAGUCGGCUUGAUCGAACGUACAGGCGAGCCGGUGGAUACUCUGCAACGAUAUGUCCCGGGGCGGGCCUUGCCAUCGUCCACAGAGACCCAUUGCAUCGGAUUAGGGCUCGUCCGGGCGGCGUCGCCCGACAACACCAUGAUCCAACUCCUCACGCCGGUACCUUCCGCCCGAUUUGCACGAAUCAGCACGAUCGUCAAGGGAGACCUCGAGUUGCCGCUAUGUGGGAGCUUGGACUGGAAAUCUAGUACAAUGACCGAAGAGGGUUUGCUGGGCGUACCUUGGGACGAGGUACCGUUCUUGACCGUCAAGCCCGAGCGCGGGGUAGGCAUGGGCAAGCGCAAGUUUAGGCGAAACAUCAUGAGGAAGAACCAGGCUGUAUGAUCAUAUGGGUUCGACUUGUAUAAGCAGAAGAUA